AAGGAGCAGUUAAUUCCGUACCGAUCACGAAGAAGCUAAACUUCUCCACCUCCUCUUCAAUGGCGGAAAACUCCUCCGACUCCUAUUCCGAUAUCGACCCACGCAGCGGCUUCUGCAGAACCAACCGCACCUUCUACAGCAAGCGCAACCCCGUCGCCAUUCCCUCCAACCAAUGGCUCGACGCCACCACCUACAUCUCCGCCCGCCCCCACCGCGCCACCGUCGCCUUCAUCGACGCCGCCACCGGCCACCGCCUCACCUUCCCCGACCUCUGGCGAGCCGUCGAAUCCGUCGCUACCUCACUCUCCGUAGACUUAGCCAUACGCAAAGGCCAAACAGUCCUCAUUCUCAGCCCUAAUUCAAUCGAAUUCCCGAUCGUCUUCCUCGCCGUAAUCUCCAUCGGCGCCGUCGUCACCACCGCCAAUCCUCUCCUCACUUCCGACGAAAUCCAGAAACAGAUCGCCGAUUCCAAACCAGUCCUCGCCUUCACCACUCUACAUCUCAUCCCCAAACUCGCCGCCUCAAAUCUCCCCAUCGUCCUCCUCCGCUCUGGCGCCGUGAAAUUAAAUCGGAGAUCCGACGCUCUGCGAAUCGUCGAUUCAAUCGAAGAAAUGAUGAAUCGAGAAGUGAGUCGCAACCGAGUCAAGGAACGAGUCCACCAGGACGACGCCGCCACUCUCCUCUACUCCUCCGGCACCACCGGCGCAAGCAAAGGCGUCGUAACUACGCACAGAAACCUAAUCGCCAUAACCGAAAUGCUCCUACAACGACUCGGAUCAGACGAAGAGAAGAACAGAAUUAUGGUCUGCACCGUACCGAUGUUCCACAUCUACGGAGUAGUCGCCUUCGCCACCGGUCUCAUCGCCGCCGGCGCAACCGUCGUCGUCCUCCCCAAAUUCGAUAUGCACGAACUGCUAACCGCAAUCCAGAAUUUCUCCGUCAACUAUCUCCCCCUAGUUCCGCCAAUCCUCGUCGCCUUAACCGCCAACGCCAAGAAGCUCAGGAACAAGUACGAUCUGAGCAGCUUAAAAAUCAUCAACUCCGGCGGCGCGCCGCUGAGCAAGGAAGUCACGGAGGAAUUCCUGAAACUGUAUCCGAACGUGAUGAUUCGCCAAAGCUACGGUCUGACUGAAUCGACCGCCGUCGGAGCGUCGAGUGACACUAUGGAUGAGUGCCGGAAGCACGGAUCGGCAGGGCUUCUGUCGCCGAACAUGGCGGCGAAGAUCGCCGAUCCAGAAACCGGUGAGUCGCUGCCGGUGAACCGGACCGGUGAGCUUUGGUUAAAGGGACCCGCCAUAAUGAAAGGUUAUUUCCGCAACGAAGAGGCAACAAACUCGACUCUAGACUCUGAAGGAUGGUUAAGAACAGGAGAUUUGUGCUACAUUGAUGAAGAUGGCUUCUUAUUUGUUGUGGACAGGAUCAAAGAACUCAUCAAGUACAAUGGCUAUCAGGUUCCUCCGGCGGAAUUGGAGGCCUUGUUACUCGGCCACCCUGAAAUCGAAGAUGUUGCAGUCAUACCGUUCCCGGAUAAGGAUUCCGGGCAAAUUCCGAUGGCAUAUUUGGUGCGUAAAUCCGGAAGCAAGAUAUCUGAGACCGAAGUCAUGGAGUGGAUCGCUAAAAAGGUUGCUCCAUACAAGAAGAUUCGACGAGUGGCCUUCAUAUCUUCCAUCGCAAGGAAUCCGGCGGGAAAGAUUCUAAGGAAGGAUCUCAUCAAGCUUGCAACGGCUACUUCCUCCAAAAUUUGAAUCUAAUGUCGUUGAAACAAUAAAAUUUAAUCAAGGAAAAUGAUUGAUUUCCUGUCUCAA